GUAUCCCCGGGAGGCACCACAGAAAUACCGCGGAGGCUGGCUAGAGUGUCGCACGCCGAGCCGGCUUCCUCUUCGGUAGUCCUCCUUCCCAACAUGGCGCAGUCUAUUAACAUCACGGAGCUGAACCUGCCACAACUGGAAAUGCUCAAGAACCAGCUGGACCAGGAAGUGGAGUUUCUGUCCACGUCUAUUGCUCAGCUCAAGGUGGUGCAGACCAAGUACGUGGAAGCUAAGGACUGUCUGAACGUGCUGAACAAGAGCAACGAGGGAAAAGAAUUACUGGUUCCACUGACGAGUUCUAUGUAUGUCCCUGGGAAGUUACAUGACGUGGAACAUGUGCUCAUUGAUGUGGGAACUGGCUACUAUGUGGAGAAGACAGCUGAGGAUGCCAAGGACUUCUUCAAAAGGAAGAUAGACUUCCUUACCAAGCAGAUGGAGAAGAUCCAGCCAGCUGUGCAGGAGAAGCAUGCUAUGAAACAAGCCGUCAUGGAAACGAUGAGCCAGAAGAUCCAGCAGCUCACAGCCCUGGGGGCGAAUCAGGCAACUGCCAAGGCAUGAAGAUGUGUUGCAGAAAAGGAGCGUAGAUGAACCCUGUUUCAAGGGGCCUGGGACUUUGUGGGCAAUGCCUAUUGGUGUCUGGGAAGAGAAGGCCUUGUGUUUAAUGUUAAUAAAUGUGCCAGCUGGGCAAA